GUCCUUGUCCGUGCUGUGACUCCACUCCGGGUGUUCGGAGCGAUUCGACGGUUUCCAAACUGUCACCGUGUGUUGCUCCGGGAGGAGAGGCGGGUAAAAAUGUAAACACUGAUCCAUCUUGAUGGAGAGUUUUUGUUUGGCUGCUCGCUAGACCUAACUGUGUCUCGGUUUUAUCCGACGUAUGACUGCAGGGCUGCUCUGCUUUGGUUUAUCUUACGUCUCACAAUAAUAGCUAUUAACUUUACCGCUAGCUAAGCAUAUCAAUAAGUGUUCCUUUGCUAAGCUAACGUUGGCUAGUUAGCUUACAGCUCAGCAACUAGCAAAACAGCAAGAUAACAUCAACAUAUUAACGUCAGUCCGCACUCAAACUAUCAAACGUUACUACCUACAUUAUCCUGAUGCAACUUAAUGGAGGACUACGACAAGUUUGUGCAGCGUCAUCUCUCCUAUCUGAGGAAGAGUGAGGAGGAGUACAACAAACCUUCACCUGCAUCCUCUCUCAUCCGCUUCUAUGGAAAACCUAUACUUCCUCCCCUGCUCUCAGGGGAGCAGAGAGAGGAGAUGCAGCAACACAGAGAGGCAGCUCAGAAAGUUGCUGAUCACAGAAAGCCGAAGGAUGAUGCAAGAAUGGCCUAUGUGCAAACUAUCCUACAAAGUGUGCAGCUAAGAAAGACGCCGACACUGGAGGAGCUGCUUCAAGAGUCAGAUAUAAACACAAAGUCUUCAUAUUCCCAUAACAGCAGUGGUGGAUCAGUGUUGCAGAGCAGUUAUUUCAUAAGAACAAAGGAGAAUCUUUUGCUCUCACCACCGCCUGAAAAGAAAGAAAAGGAUGGUGUUUCUCUUCCUCCACUGACAUCAACUACAUAUUGUGCCUUUUUCGACUCUAAUGUAACGCCUCAGGAAGGAAGCCUUAUUGACAGACAUUACAGCCAACAGGGGUCACAGCCAAGUUUCCUUAAUGGUGUGAGGCACCAGUCAGUAUCCUCAGGUUAUGUGACCUACGAGAAUGUUGAAAACACCACCAGUGUCUCUGGAAGGGUCAGUGCAGGGAGAGAGAGCUGCAGCUUUGGCUCCUCAGAGGGAGCUUAUAAUUCGGGUGGCUUUUUCCUCCACAACACAUCAGACACAAUCGCCAAGAUGCCAGAUAUUAUCAGCCAUCCCCCCAUAGAUGGAGAGGAAUUGGAGAGGAGUGGACUGGAAUCAUCCUUUUGUACUGACUUUAUAGAAGACAUUUCUUGUUCUUCACUCCAGGAGGAUUCAAUCAUAUGUGGCAAUUUACCAGUAGAUAAAUCUGAAAGCAGUCAUGCAGACAGCACAGUGGGUGAAGAUAACCUUUCUGUUACUACAGUGCCUGACACUCACAAAGAUCUCAGUUUGGACAAAAUUAAGGGCCCGGUCUCUUUAUCAGAAAACAGUGUCCUUUCAGACAAUCCAGAGUUAUCACACAUAUUGAGCACUCAUCACUCUCCAACCGCAGAAUUGCGUAUUCAGCAUGACCCCACAGAAACAGACCCAGCAGACAACCAUGUAGAUGAAGCAGAGCUAUCUGAGGAGCCUUAUCGUCUGAGCCUGCAGGCCCUGCUGAAGAAAUCUCAGGAGUACCGGCGGCGCCAGCGGAUGCUUAGGAACCAGGCCAAAAACACUAAAAUCCAAGAGAGGACCCAAGAACAGGCAAGAGCAAGGACAGAGGAGUGCAGCCUCUCUGAUAAGGAGAAUGACGAGUUCUCUUACAAGGGCACUGUGACUACAGAGGGAAAGAAAACUAAAGAGAGGAAAGGCACUUUUAUCCAAUCAGCGGAAACUUCACCAAAGAAGUCCUGGGAGAGUGAGAGGAUCAAUGAGAGUGAGCUCUUUGGGAAAAAUGGGAACUUUGAAUCUGAAAGGACACAUUUAAUCAGAGAUAGCAAUACUAAGGAAAUUGAUAUUGUUAUGGAGGAAACAACCUUAACAAAUAAUAGGCUGAACAAUUCACAAGGAGUCAUAACAAAGCCUAAACAAAUCAGCACCCUCCCGCAGCAACAACCCACAAUGCCGACAGAAACUCAUAUUCAGGCAGCUUUUUACUCGACCACUUGUCCCACAACUUCUCAAAGAGGAGUAGGAAAAUAUCACACUAUCCCGGCCCCUAAUUUCUGUGGGAGUCCUGUUCGCUGCAAAAGCAAAAGUGGUAUCCAAGAUGGAGAAGCUGCUGAUGAGGCCAAGACCUUAAACCAGAGAGUUUCAGUCAAUACUAGUUUGAAUGAACAGGUUAACCAGGAAAUUCAAAACAGUCACACAAGAGUUGUUUCCACUGUGAAUGUCAUGGUUGAAGGUGAUGGAACAAGAGUUCCAGCCAGGAGUUCACAGCAUAUAGAUCAGCUUGAGACCAACCUGUCUGGUCUGAAAGUGUUGAUCUCGGAUCUUGAGUCCACACUGACAGAGAAAUUGGGGAAUCAAAGCCAAACUGGGAGUCAUGCGCAAAAUGAGUUCAGCUUUGCAGGCAUCAAGCACUCCGAGCAGAUUAAAAAUGAACAUGUGCAGCUUUGGCAGAGUGAAUGUGAUGAUGAUGAUGAUGAUGAUGAUGAUGAUGAUAGCAAUGAAAGAAGACAAUCAUUAGACAAUAUCAAGAACAUGCAUGAAGAUACAGGACCUGAACCAAUCUUCAGUGACAUGGACGAUGUUCCUCACAUAGUGCACCUGACAGGCCCGGAGGCAGUUAACUUAAGCGAGCUUAGGCUAGUCAAAUCCUUACCAACAGAGAGAGCAAAAGAAAAAGGGAUAUGUAAUAAAGGACUUACAAAGAGUUACGGACAGCAUGGCGGCUGUAGAAAGCAGCAGCCUCCAGCUAAAUGUAUCCUCUCUGUAGCACAGCGGCUACGAAUUCCCAGUGUAUUCCGAAAUGAUCCAUCUGAAACCACUGCUCCACCUAACGUCUCAGUGCUCUCCGACACCAGUAACUACCCGGUGGAAACCAGGAAUGAAACAGCAGUUGAAGGUCCUGACUCUACCCACCUGCCAUCCCUCAACCAGUCGUAUGAUGUUGACGCACCAUCAGGCCUGUGGUUUCACGCAGCAUCUGGUUCCGACUUGAGCUCAAAGCAUCUGACCCCAGACAGUGGGGGUGAAGGCCAGGGUGGGGAAUCCAAGGUCAAGAGGAGACUGCUCAUGCAUGUGACAGAGGAGAUGCAGGAGAAGAGAGCUGAUGUCAGCAGAGGGGCAAGCUUUGAGGCCAGACCCAACCCCAGCACUGCUAGAGCUGCAGUGCGACAGCAGGAAGGCCAUUGCGAUCAAAAAGACAAGCAGGAACAACUGAAACAGGCCCAUGCUGCCCAGGUUAGAGCCCUGCAAGAGGAGCACAGGAGACAACAAGAAGAGCUACUACAGGCGUUGGCAGUGCGUUACCGUCUCCUCCAGAGCAUGUCCUUCCCUUGCUCUAUGUCAGGCUCACGUCUUGGGGACACGAUGACCUUUCCUACCCUCUCUCAGCCUCCCAGCCCACCAUCAGAGCGCUACCGCCCCCUGCUGUUAGCAGCCGUCAAAGGUUUUCUGACUCGGAGGCUGCUGAAGACCGAGAGAGUGGCACAGCUGGUGCGCACCAUCAGGGACACACAGCACUUCCUGCAGGCCCUCCAGCAGCAGAGCCCCAACAGAGGAGAGUUUUGUAGCAGACAGGAUCUUUUGUUGCAGGAGAGAGUCACUCUGCAGCUGCGUGCUGCACAUUACGAGGUCUACGACAUAUUCUUCAGCCUGUCAGCCGGAGAAAGGAUGCAGCUGAUCAGCUGGGACAGAGAGCUGGCCCGGGAGAGGGAACUCAGACGACAGAGCGGGCAGACAGGCCAUCCCAGAGGAAAGACGUCUUUGUCAGCUGCAACUCAGAAAUCACUGGAGAGGAAGAGAGGAAUGAUGAUCCAGAAAAAGGCAGCAGGAAGGCACAAGGGAGUUGUGAGGAGGACCGGACACAGCACUGGAUUCUCUGCUAAGCAGCCGCCGGAAACCAAACGAGGACAGUUCAGAGCAAAUCCUCAGAGAGUCCCCAAGAGCACUUACUCCUCUAGACCCCGAUGACACUCUCCUAAUUGGCCCCAGUGAGGACUCCUAAUAAGGCCUCUAGCGAUUACAUGAAUAUUGUCUAACUAAUCAUUUGAGGGUUUCCAAAUCCAAAUUUGACACAAAGUGAUGCCUGAAUACAUCAUUGUUCUUCACAUCUGGUGUGCUGUACAUUUCUAUACACUGUACAAUAGUAGUGGGAGGAGAUAAGACAUCUCUACAGCUGCUCUGUCAGUAACAGAAAUUCUUUACCAGCUCAGCCUCGAGUAGUUUUCAUAAUUUCCAGUGUAGUAAUGUAGCAGAAGUUAGGGGGACACAUGUUGAGUUGGCAAAAACACACUUUGACAUCUUUUAGCUGAACCUUUAAAGUACUGUGCACUGUAACCGAAAAAUGCUGAAUGUAAGACUUAUUGUGACAUGUCAUAACAGGAAAGGCUCAGGUAUGAUGAAUCAUACUAUUUAUGACAUGGAUCCACCGUCACCAGUAGUUCCUGUGGGUCAUGUGAUACAUCCUGCAAGAUGAUUAUCACAGGAAAGCAGCAAAGGCAUAUGCAGUAUAUGCAAAUAAAUGAUAGUUUUUCUUACAGUAAUUACUGAAUUACUAUAAUAAAAUUAUUCAUUUACUAGAGGUUUACUGCUUGGUUUGCAAACAUAGUUUAAAUGCAUAUCGUCAGCAUGUACAAUACCAGAACUUGCUGACUAAAACACCUAGCAGUACACGAAAGAAGCCAUUAUUAAUGUUUUUAAUUGCACCUGUGCUUAUGCUGCUAUGGCAUGGUGAAAUUUGUCUUCUUACUGAGAUGAUUAUCUCAGUUGUUUUCAUUUGUCAGUGUUUUCCCAACUGUGCAAUGUUAAAUCUCAGCUUUGUAAGAUACUCCAGUGCUUAAAUAUUCAAUUCAGAUGUAUGUGCCUAAAUCAUUAGCCUUUUUUUGCCUCCAAAAACAGACCGUCUCCAGUUGUAUUAGCAAAUAUUGAGCUCUGUUAGUAUUAGAACAGAAAUGCUAAUGUCCAGCUCCAGCUCUUAGUGUUACUGCAAGUACUUGAAUCAUGUCUUACUCCCAAGUGUUGCCUUAAAUAUUUUUCCUAGAGUUUUUGCAUCACAUGGCAGCCAAAAUACAUGUAAACAUUUACAAUAUUUUAUUCUUAGUGACUUUGGACCUGUUUUUUAUGUUAUUUAUUUGUACAUGUUUGGUAAUAAACGUUUCUUAGCACUUGAAA